AUGCUCAGCAGUGGCAACUAUGGCGGCGGCGAUGGCGGCGGCGAUGGCGGCGGCUGCGGUCCCCAGCCGAAGCCUAAGCCGAAGCCUAAGCCGAAGAAGUGCAAGAAACAGGGUGCUAAAUGCAGCGGGAGUACCAAACGCGGCAACAAAUGCUGCAAGGAACUUAAGUGCAUCUCAGGAAAGUGCCGCAAGGCGAAGCCGCCCGCACCUCCCAUAGGCGGCUACUAA